GCAUAUCAGGAUGACUAUGUAUUAAGAGGCUCCCAAACACUACUUUAUUCUAUAUGUAAAAUGUAGUUUUGUUUUUUCAACAAUAUUUAGGUCUUUGUUUUGAGCAUUGGUCACCAGCACAGACUCCCCUUUUCCUCCAGAUAUUUAAUUUUUGCUCUCUCUUGCUACUGGAUCUUGAUUUAAAUCUUCACUGAUCCUGAGUGGCAGUGUUCAAUAGUAGUUUUUGGUUCAAAUGGUAUAGAUCUCUUUCUCAAAGGCUGUGUUCCUUAUGCAGAUUCCCCUUCUAAUGUGACUAACCUGCAAACCAGGCAGUGAGUCACAGAGAGAGAGAGAGAGAGAGGCAGAGACACAGGCAGAGGGAGAAGCAGGCUCCAUGCACCGGGAGCCCGACGUGGGAUUCGAUCCCGGGUCUCCAGGAUCACGCCCUGGGCCAAAGGCAGGCGCCAAACCGCUGCGCCACCCAGGGAUCCCAAGGCCCUUUUAAUUCUUUGGGCUUUCUAGCCUCCUGAUGAACAGACCCUCUUACUAAGAAAUUUGGUGAGGACGCAAUAUUAUGAAGGAGAGAGUGAUCAAUAUUGUGACAUGCAAGAGAAGUCACGAAAAAGAGUGAGAAGAAUAAAGGAUGAUUUCAUACUCAGUUAUGAGAAUAGGUGUCCCAUUAAGACAUUGAGAAGACAGCAAGUAGACAUGAAAUGGUAUUUAUGUAUGUGGGGCAAGGAAGGUAGAAAUCAUGGUCCCCAGGAGGAGAGGCUGGGGCCCAGUCACAUCACUCUACCUGGCAAAUAUUUGAGGAUAUGUCAAUAUAUAUUGAUAGAAUAUAUCAGUAUACACAAACUUAUGGAAUGAAUAAAUGACUAUUGGUUAACUGAUUUGGAAAUGUGGCUGUUGAAGCACUCAGGAGGAUACAUACUCAUAGGAGGUUAAUGCUCCCAGAAAAUUAGGGGUGGGAAUGAGAUUGGUUUCCUUCUUUGGAUGUAAAUAUCAAUCUACAAUUCUACAAUCUUACAAUCUAGUUCACUUGAGUGCUGGUUGUUUUUAUGACUUUCCUCUGACUUUCACUUAAACUUUUUUUUUCCCUGAGAAUUUGUAUUACAUAUACAAUAGUUUCAGGCGCAUGAGUAAACAAAACUAAAUUUGUUGUCUCUGUUUCAGAAUCAAAGAGAGGUAUAUGCACAAACACACACAUAUACAUAUAUAUGUAUAACAUACAUAUACAUAAGCACACACAAAACUCACAUUAAUAGUCCUCAAAUUCCCCAAUAAGAGAAUGGGUUGAAUUACAUAUGGUAAAGCAUUUUUCAUAUAAAUUAAAUGCAGUGCCUGUAAUUCCAUGAAAUACAAAGAACAAAACCCUGCCUUGAAUAUCUACCUGAUAGAUGGAUAUUCUUCUUCCCUCUCUUGUUCAAUCUUUAAUAUAGGGGAAUGAUCUGAGGAAUAGAGAGACUUGCUCUAUUCCUGGAGCCCUCGGAUGUUCUGCUAAGGAUGACAGAUAAGUUUUGAUAAUAUUGGAAGAAAUGGGAGAAAAUGAAUACUGCACACUCAUUUUGCAUUUAACCAAGAGUCAGGAAAAAGACGAAAUUGGAGCAAGAGUCACUAAUGGGAAGUUGACAUCUAACGUGGUUAUAUCCAGUCACCAACAAUAACAGAGACAAUGUCCACUCUUAAUGAUACCCAAUUUCACCCUUCUUCAUUCCUACUCUUGGGUAUACCAGGGCUAGAAGAUGUGCAUUUCUGGAUCGGAUUUCCCUUUUUCUUUGUGUAUCUUGUUGCACUCCUGGGGAAUACUGCUGUCCUAUUUGUGAUCCUGACUGAGCAUAAUCUCCAUGAGCCCAUGUACUACUUUCUGGCCAUAUUGGACUGCAUUGACCUGGGCUUAUCCACAGCCACCAUCCCCAAAAUGUUGGGCAUCUUCUGGUUCAGCCUCAGAGAUAUAUCUUUUGAAAGCUGUCUUUCCCAGAUGUUCUUCAUCCAUUUCUUCACUGCCAUGGAGAGCAUUGUGUUGGUGGCCAUGGCCUUUGACCGCUACAUUGCCAUUUGUAAACCUCUUCGGUACACCAUGAUCCUCACCAACAGAAUCAUCAUCAUCAUUGCAGGCAUUGCUAUUCUGAGGAGUCUUUGCAUGGUGAUCCCACUGGUGUUUCUCCUCCUGAGGCUGCCCUUCUGUGGGCACCACAUCAUCCCUCAUACCUAUUGUGAACACAUGGGCAUUGCCCGUCUGGCUUGUGCCAGCAUCAAAGUCAACAUAAUAUUUGGUCUUGGGGAUAUGUCUAUUUUAUUAUUGGAUGUGCUUCUUAUUACUCUUUCCUAUGUCAGGAUCCUCCAUGCUGUCUUCUGCUUGCCCUCCAAGGAGGCUCGACUCAAAGCUCUCAACACCUGUGGCUCCCACAUUGGUGUUAUCUUAGCCUUUUUCACUCCAGCAUUUUUCUCUUUCUUGACACAUCGUUUUGGCCACAACAUCCCCCAGUAUAUCCACAUUUUUUUAGCCAAUCUAUACAUCGUUGUUCCACCAGCUCUCAAUCCUGCAAUCUACGGGGUCAGGACCAAGCAGAUUAGAGAGCGGGUUUUGAGGAUUUUUUUUAAAGACAUUUAACCAUUGGUAGUCCUAGAAUUACAGUUCAUAUUUGCUCCAUUCACUCAUUAGAAGGGGGUUAUCAUUUUAAAAGAUAGAAGUAGCAAAGGUGAAUAUGAACAUUUCUUUCUCUGUAAUCCAUUGAGUUUACAGAUAAUAAUAAAUUUAUUGGUGAUAAUAUUACAAUUUUUAAGUAUUGCAUCUUUUACAAAAUGCUUAUACUUAUACUAUUUGAUAAUCAAGGUAGUCCUAUAAAGUCAUUACUAUAUUCACAAGCUUUCAAGUGAGAGUUUGAUGCUGAGUAUUGCUAAAUUAUUCAUCUGAAAA